CUCAGCAACAUCCAAACCUGAACACAAAUUGCUAUACCCAAGACCGAGGACGUGCUGCUCACCGCGCCAGCAACUCCCCAUGAUCUUUCGAUGUAACUCCGCAAUCCAGUAGGUCCGUCGCGAGGCAUUAUAUAAUGCCGCGUACCAGUUCCUUAAGCCGAUCAUCGUCGUUCGCGUUCGGCUUGUCGGUUGUGCUCUAACUUAGCUUGAUUUGACCUCCCCAUUCUCCCCCGCGUUACAAGCUCAUUUAGGACAGCAGCCACCCACGUCUUUCUUUCGGAACGGGUGCUCUAUUGAUUUUACAGCAAAGGAAACAUGAGGUCGAACGUCAGGAUAACUACACCGCUUGUGCGGUCAGCGUUGCAGUCUAUUCAGAGAAGAAGCUUCUCUGCGUCAGUGGGAAGGCAGGCACAAUGGGGAUUCAUAGGUCUCGGGCAAAUGGGGUACAAUAUGGCCAGAAACCUCCAAGCAAAGCUACCCUCGUCAGAUACCAUACGAGUCUUCGAUAUCAAUGCCACGUCCAUCCAGAAAUUUGCAAACGAAACAAAGGCAUUGGGAAGCGGAGCUGCUGUCAAGAUUGCUGCCAGUGCUAGGGAGGCUGCUGAAGAUGCUGAAACAACAAUCACAGUGCUACCCCAGCCCUCGCACGUAAAGAACGUCUUCGGGCAAAUCCUCAAGCCACCGCUCUCCCAAGAAGUUGUCUCAAACCCAGACCGCCUCUUCAUCGACUGCUCCACAAUCGAUCCCUCCUCCUCCCGCGAAGUAGCGAAUGCCGUACACACCACGCGACAAGGGCGCUUCGUCGACGCCCCCAUGUCCGGGGGCAUCGUAGGCGCCACGGCUGGAACGUUGACUUUCAUGCUCGGGUCCUCAGACUCCCUCAUCUCGCGCGUGGAGCCCAUCUUAAUGAUGAUGGGCAAAAGAGUCAUCCACUGCGGCGACCAGGGCGCUGGCCUCUCGGGGAAACUAGCGAACAACUACCUGCUAGCAAUCAACAACAUUGCUACAGCAGAAGCGAUGAAUCUCGGUAUCAAAUGGGGAUUAGAUCCCAAAGUACUUGCUAGUCUGAUUAAUAUCAGCACGGGAAAGUGCUGGCCAAGUGAGAUCAACAACCCUGUGAAAGGGGUUGUUGAAGGCUCACCUGCUAGUAGAGAUUACAGCGGCGGUUUCGGGAUUAGCCUGAUGAAGAAGGAUCUGGGACUUGCGAUCCAGGCGGCGAGUGAAGCUGGUGCGAGACUUGAGCUUGGUGAUAGGGCGAAGCAGGUUUAUGAUGCUGCUGAGCAGCAGGAGGACUGCAAGGGCAGAGAUUUCUCUGUGGUUUACAGAUAUAUUGGCGGUGCUGAGUAGAUGAUACGUUUGGGUAUCUUCAUGGUUGGCGUUAGUUAUUUUGGAUACACGGUUUAUAUGCAUGAAAUGAAUGGAAAUACUGUGAAUUCUAUUUUCUUUUCUG